AUGGCUGACAAAACCAUCACCUUCCUCCUCUUGCUCUUCAUUUCUCUCCCCCAUUCAUGCUGCAGGGACUCGUCACCACGGUGGAUUAGAGGUGGUUACUGGGAUUCUUACAGCGAGCUCCCCAUAUCUGAAAUAAAUUCUGCUCUUUUCACUCACCUUAUGUGCGGUUUUGCUCGUAUAAACUCCUCCACUUAUCCUAUUUUUUUUAACUCAACUUCUGAACAAUCCUUCUACAAUUUCACCACCACUGUGAAACGCAAGAACCCAUCUGUUGUGCCACUUUUAUCAAUAUGGGGUGGGGGACAAGACUCUUCAAUCUUUUCUUCAAUGAUAAACGAAUCAUCUUCCAGAAAGACUUUUGUCAAAUUCUCCGUAGAAACAGCCAGGCUAUAUGGCUUCCAUGGCCUAGAUCUUGCUGGUGUGAAGCCAAACAGAGCCAUCAACAUGACAAAUUUAGGAAUCCUUUUCGAUGAAUGGCAUGAUGAGAUAAUUUUCGAAGCAAGAAACUCAGGUAAGUCAGAGCUUUUACUAGUAAUCACAAGCCAUCACUUGCCUUCUCAAGACUCGGUCAUCUACCCCAUAGAAUCAUUGAAAAAGAAUCUCAAUUGGAUACAUGUUUUAGCAUAUGACUAUUAUGUGCCUACAAGGGAUAAUUUUACAGGGUUUCAUGCUGCUUUAUAUAGUUCUUCAGGUUGGUUCAAUACCAAUAAUAGUAUAAAUGAAUGGCUGAGCAUUGGAAUUGAAGCUCAAAAACUUGUUCUGGGUUUGCCUUACCAUGGCUACGCCUGGACACUUACUAGUCCAUCUGAUAAUGUUGUUGGUGCACCGGCUUCUGGUCCCCGUAUCACACUAGAUGGUUCUAUAGGUUACAAGUUUGUCAAAUCGUUCAUUCAAUAUUAUGGUUAUGGAGCUGCUGCAGUGUAUAAUCACACUUAUGUUGUGAAUAUAUUCACUGUUCGAGCAAAUUGGAUCAAUUUUGAUGGCGUGGAGGCUAUAAGAGCUAAAGUUUCUUAG